AUGGCCUGUCCUUCCUCCGCUACACUCGUCUCGUCUGCUUUCACUCCCUCCUCUGAGCGCCGGCGACUGAUCGAACAGAGCAACUGCGCAGCUAGCAGUAAGCCGGACACGAUGCCCCCGCCGCAAAAGAAUGGCAUGGAAGCUCAAUCUGCAAGGUCGCCCCACAUUUCGAUGAAGGUCAUCAUCAUCAAUCGCCUGCCCAAGGCAAUAGCACCGAUCCCAGUCCAGCCGCGCUCUGUAGAAUCGCAGCAAGGGGAGGAAGCCACCAGUCUUCCAGAGCUUGGGGAGAAGGCCUCCGUCUGCCCUGCAGCGACAAGUGAUUCCCCAACCGUCACACUGAACCUUGGCAAGGAGUACCUGCGCAGGAGGAAGCUCACCCUCGACCUCUGCAUGGUCGAUGCCGGCACAGCCAACUUGAGCUCAUCCAGCGACAAUACUAGGUGCAGGGUGACCCUGCGAUGUUUGGGUUCGAACGGAAGCAGUCAUCGCUGCUCCAGUCGCCAUUGGCGCCUCGCUGCCGUCUCCCUCCCUUCUGCCGCAGCCGGCUCAGCCUCGACGUUGGCAUCACCGCCCUUCUAUGCGCUGCAAACAAUAGCCGGGCCCCACCUACACGUACUCCUUCUUCCCUCUCGCGCUACCGCAAGCUGGCAAUCUAAUCUACCGUCCUCGUGGCCUAUAUCCUCUCUAUGCUUGCCCGGCACUCACGAAACACUCGCACGGUACGGCUGGCCCAUCACGAAAUGCCAAUCCCUCGCCGCGGUCACUGGUGCCCAAGUGAAAGCCGGCAUACGCUGGAUGGACUUUCGUGUCACGCCCAAGGGCGAGAAAGGCAAGGAGAGGCUAUUGGCUUAUCAUGGAUCGACAAGCCAGCGGAUUGAGCUGGGUGCGGCGCUGCAGCCUAUUUACGAUUGGUUGUCUAGCGACGGAAAGAAGGAAACGCUCAUCCUCUCGCUGAAGCCCGAAGGUGGGGCCUCUUCAGCAGACGUCGAGCGCUUGCUCUACUCUCUCUACAUCACUGGCGAGAUCCGGGUCAAAUUCUGGUGGCUAGACAACCGCAUCCCUACCCUCGGGGAAGCUCGCGGUAAGCUAGUACUCUUCUCCCGCUUUGGAGGCGGCAACGACCAACCUGGUGGGAUCCAUCCGCCCAUCUGGCCGGACAACUUCAAGGGACAUUUUGCCUACUCGCUGCCCACGGCGGGUCAAGGUGUGGUCACGCAGGACUGGUACAAGAUAGGUGGGAGCUAUAAGGAGAUACCUACCAAGUUUGGGUUGGCUACAGAGCUGCUGACGUUGGACCACCCAGCGCCCCUGUCCAAUCCGGACGGUACGCCUCGAGAUCCGUCAGAGAAGCCAGCAUCUGGGCCGGGACCAGCGUCGGAUCCAACCAAACUGGUGAUCAAUUUCCUCUCUGCCUCGUCUGUUCCCCUUGCCCUACCGCCUUUGAUCGCAAAGGGGUUCGGUUGGACAAGCAAAGCGGUCCCUCCAUGCUUGAGGGUGCAGGGGAUGAACAGCAAGAUGGCGGGAUGGGUUGCUGACCGAUUGGUGGCCGAGGCCACUGCGCCAGGGAAGGCUGAAGGGAAGGAGGAGCAUGUCGGUGCAUUGGACAAUCUGCAGUGCACCUUUCCCACAGACUUCUACGAUGAUGAUACCCUACCCGACGGCGUGGGAGGAGGCAACGAUGGGAAGACUGGGUUGCUUGUCUCGCUGCUGAUUGAGGCCAACUUCACGCGGGCUGCCAAUACAAAGCUAGCUGACGACCAGAAGACAGCGGGGGCCAAGGCAGGCUGGCUACCCAGUCUGGGUCUGCCAUGGACCGGCGCCGGAGCAGCAGCAAAGCACGAGGCGAUGACGAAAGACGGCGCUGGGCUGUGA